AUGCAAGUGGCGUUGGAUCAGCAGAGUAGCUGAACGGAAGGAAACGGUCUUUCGCCCCGGCGCAAUGGAGGGGCAGGCGGCGGCGGCGGCGAUGUCGGAACUGCAGCUCCAACUUCUCGCCCUCGUCUCGGAUCUCCGCCUCACCCGCGAGCGGGAGCGGGCCGCCCGCGAGGAAAUCCACGCAGCAAGCCAGAGAUGGAAGGAGGCAGAGGAGGAACAACAGCGGGAGACGCGGGAGUUGCGAACGGAGGUGUCAGCCAGGGAUGAAGCACUGCGGAGGCUCGAGUCCAGGGUAAAGUGCCUUGAAAAUGAAAACGAGCUGCUUGGGAGAAACGAAAAGGAUUUGAAAGAAAGCAUGGAGAGGCUGCUUCAAUCAAGGGAGACUUUCAUGAAACAUUAUGAGGACUCUGCUUGUUCUCUGCAAUGGACAAUCCAGUUGAAGGAUAAACAGAUUGCUGUAAUUUCAGAAAAGCUAAAUUCUCAUCUGGCAUUGUUCAGUUCAGUAGGAAAGGAAGUUGCUGCAGUGAAACAAGCACUAGGUGAUGUGGAAUGUCUAGUUUGUGAGAAGGAAAAUAUAGUCUCUGAUUUGAAGGGUAAGGUCCAAAGGAUUUCUGUACUCGAGAAAGAUUUUGUUGAGAAACUUAGUUUCUUGGGAGACAAAAUAACUAGUUACCAACUUGAACUUCGAAAUCGAGCGAGAAUCAUAUAUGAAUUGAAGGGACAACUUGAUGCUGAGAAGCUUAACAACAAUUUUCACCCACAACUAGAAGAACUUACGAAAGCCCUGCUGGUGAAGGAUGAGAUCAUUGAGAGGCUGACUAAAGAUAAGCAGGCAAUGCUUAUGGAGCUUCACAACAUGGAAAUUGCUUUACGGAAUUUUCAAGACAUAAUCAGCAAUAUUGGACAUCAGGGAGCAAAAAGGUUUUCACCGGUCUCUGAGAGUCAGGAAAUACAAGAUAAUGUGAGCAAAGAGUUAGAAAGUAUUCCAGGUAGUGAAGGUGAUCCACGUAAUGGGCAUAAGAUGGUACCUGUAAUUGAUGAAGCAGAAUAUAAGUUGGAAAUUGGCACAGUCAGAAAAGAAGUACAAAGCCCAGUGCUCCUUAAGCAUUCUGCCUUGCCAUCUCCAGAGCCAGGAACUGCAAAUGCUGAAACACCUAACUGCCUUGGUGAAUCUGAAGACUUUGGGAUGGGCGACUCAUCUCCUGCACAGCGAUCAGAUAAUGUGAAUCGAGACAUUGAGACGGGGAAUCAAUCGUGAGCUACAAUCAGGUACCUGAGACACCAGGAUUUCUGAUGUGUGAAGCUGCCAGUUGUCCUUGACGGAGCUCGUGACCCCUGCUUAGGAGUCGAAUCCUUGCUUAUACAGCAUGCUAGUUGGCGCAAAAUACUAGAAUGGUAGACUGAAGAGAUUUGUUAUUGUAUUAUAAGAUUAUCAAAAAAAUUAUACUAUAACAUUAUCGGCUGGUAGACCAACCAACUCGAGAGAUCUUGCGAAUUUCACUAGAGAAAAACAUCAGUGGUUGCAACAAUUUCUGUAAAGAAAACAGUUGAAUUCUGAAAUUGCUUCUCAACGACUGAUAAGAUAUUAAGAUGUCAUUUCAGGUAUUGUUAGAUUGUGCCCAGAAUGUACCCUCCCAAUUCAUCUGUAAUGUACUUAACAACCUCGGAUAAGUAAAAUGUUGGGUUGUUGCCUUCUUUA